UUGGCUUUGUUUUUUAAAAAUUUUAAGAAGCUCGACAACAUUUCGACAAGGCAAUGGAGUCCAGGCAACAGCAGGAUCAGGCCCAAAAGUCCAAUGAUCAGGAGGCGCCCAGUAUUUCCCAGUCCAUUACAUCGUUCUAUAUAUAUAAUCCCUAUGAAAAGCGAACCGUGGAAGUGCCAUUGACCAACUGUGAUGCCUUCAUUUCCCUGCUAAAAUGUGUGAUUGGAACUGGUGUCCUAGCCAUGCCCUUGGCCUUUCGCUGCUCUGGUAUUGUGAUCGGCAUUGUCAUGUGCAUCCUGUUGAUGAUUAUACUGACUUACUCCAUUCAUUUGCUGAUCCAUGGAAUGACCGAGUGCUGCCGGCGAAGACUGGUGCCGCAGGUCUCCAUGCCGGAGGCUGUCCAAAUCGCCUACGAAGAGGGUCCCACCUGCAUCAGAUGGCUGGGCCGCACAGCCAGCAUCAUGACCACUAUUGUCAUAGUCUUUAGCCAGUUUCUCCUGUGCACCGUUUAUUUGGUUUUUGUGGCGAAGAACUUCAAGGAAAUCGGUGAUCACUAUGCCGAGUCUUACAAUGAGCGGCUGUACGUCCUGGGCGCUUGUAUCCUCCUCCUGCCGAUCUUCAUGAUCCGGCGUCUGAAGUACCUGGUGCCCUUAAACUUGAUUUCCAAUUUUGUCCUUUAUGCCGGGUUUGCUCUCAUCAUGUACUAUUUGUUUAGCGGCCUGCCCGAUAUCCGGGAUCGGGAGUUGGCCAAGCCUCCAAUCCAAUGGAUCGAGUUCUUUGGUAUUGCCGCCUUCUCCCUAACAGCAGUGGGUUCGAUGCUAGUAGUUGAGGCGAAUAUGGCACAUCCACAGAGCUAUCUGGGCAUCUUUGGGGUCCUUAACCUGGCUGUUUUUUUUAUUCUGAUAUCCAACAUUUUCUUUGGGUUCGUGGGGUAUUGGCGAUUUGGCGAGGAAGUACAUGCCAGCAUCACUCUGAAUAUUCCGAGGGACGAAAUUCUCUCGCAGUGCAUCAAGGUCUUCAUAGCCAUCGGAAUCUUCCUGAGUUAUCCUCUAAACGGCUUUGUGGUGAUCACUGUGGUAUUCAGUGACUACGAAAGAAGCACCGACCGCAGCCAGGGCCACUCGGCGAUGCUCGAGUACGUGGUGCGAUUCAUCUUUCUGCUUCUAACCGGUGUGGUGGCAGUGAGUGUUCCCAACUUGGCGGCUCUCACGGAACUGGAGGGAGCCCUCUCGCUUAGCAAUCUGAACUUCCUGUGUCCGGCCUUGAUCGAUAUUUUCCUGAAUUAUGGCUAUGGAUAUGGGCGGUUGCGGUGGAAGCUAUUGCGGGAUUUAUUGCUCAUCCUGAUUGGCCUUAUCUUUGGGGUGGUGGGCUGCACAGCGGCCGCGAUGCAGCUGGUGAAGGACUUGAAGGUUACUUUUGGCAACAUAUAG